AACAAAAACAAGAAGAAGGAAAAAGAGAAGAGCUUUGCAAGAAGCUUGGGCUUGUUUCGUUGCAAGCCACCACGCAACAAACAACACAAAUCAGGAGGAGGCACAUAACCUUCAUUCCCUCAAAGGCUGAAUUUUUCAGGUUUUGUGUCUCCUCUGAGUAAGUUAAUUUGAUAAAGUAGAGAGAGAAAAACAGGGUGGCAAGAUGGAGUAUGAGACUAACAACUGGAUUUGGGAUGGAGUGUACAACCACCCACAUGUCUUUGGAGGUCUAAUGCUCACGGCCGCAUUGCUCGGCUUGUCCACCAGCUAUUUUGGUGGCAUUUCGGUUCCUCAGUUGCCUUAUUUAUGGUCUGAUUCGGGGAUUUUCCAUAAGAAGAAAUCCGAGAAGAAGCGCAUUCGGGUGUACAUGGAUGGGUGCUUUGAUCUCAUGCACUACGGCCACGCCAAUGCUUUAAGGCAAGCCAAGGCACUGGGGGAUGAGUUAGUGGUUGGGGUUGUUAGUGACGAAGAGAUCGUUGCCAAUAAAGGACCCCCUGUUUUAUCCAUGGAAGAGAGACUGGCUCUUGUAAGUGGGUUGAAGUGGGUGGAUCAAGUCAUAGCCAACGCUCCUUAUGAAAUCACCGAGCAAUUUAUGAACAAACUCUUCAAUGAGCAUAAAAUUGACUAUAUCAUACAUGGCGAUGACCCUUGCCUGCUUCCAGACGGAACUGAUGCUUAUGCACUGGCAAAGAAAGCUGGCCGCUACAAACAAAUUAAACGGACUGAAGGUGUCUCCAGCACCGAUAUUGUAGGGAGGAUACUUUCUUCUUUGAAGGAGAUAAAUGAUGCAUCUUCACAUGGAGAACCUUGUGAAGAAGGUCAAUCCAAGAGUGCCCAAUUAUCUCAAUUUUUGCCAACAUCCCGAAGAAUUGUGCAGUUCUCUAAUGGAAAGGCUCCUGGACCAAAUUCUCGUAUUGUGUACAUUGAUGGGGCAUUUGAUCUCUUUCACGCAGGACAUGUUGAGAUUUUGAAGAAUGCUAGGCAGCUUGGAGACUUUUUACUAGUUGGCAUUCACAAUGACUACACUGUGAGUGAACACAGGAAGGAAUCCAAGUUUACUCAGAAAACCCAACAAGUAGGAUAUGACUCGUCAGUAUCUCAACCAGACCCGGAUAAAACACCACGUGAUACUCCUCUGGUUACUAAGAAUAUAAAAGACCUCCGCCAAAAUCCUGGAUACAUCAAUGUCAACAUCUUUACUCACGAUGAGAUGAGGUUGGCCACAAAACAUUUCAGGUCGGAUCUGAUUCUUGGUGAAGGUGGAUUUGGAAUUGUAUACAAAGGAGUCAUUGAUGACACUGUGAGACCAGGUUACACGGCCACACAAGUUGCCAUUAAGGAGCUUAACCCAGAAGGGUACCAAGGUGAUAGGGAAUGGCUGGCUGAAGUCAACUACUUGGGACAAUUCAGUCAUCCUAAUCUUGUAAGGCUAAUUGGGUAUUGUUGUGAGGAUGAACACCGCCAGUUGGUCUAUGAAUAUAUGGCAAGUGGCAGCUUGGAAAAACAUCUUUUCCGCAGAAUGGGUUGUACGCUUACAUGGACAAGAAGAAUGAAGAUUGCAUUAGAUGCUGCAAAAGGACUUGCUUUUCUUCAUGGUGCUGAAAGACCAAUCAUUUACCGUGACUUCAAGACAUCAAACAUUUUGUUGGAUGCGGAUUUUAAUGCGAAGCUUUCAGAUUUUGGUCUUGCAAAGGAAGGGCCGAUGGGAGACCAAACCCAUGUUUCAACACGGGUGAUGGGGACAUAUGGAUAUGCUGCUCCCGAGUACGUAAUGACUGGGCAUUUAACUGCUCGAAGUGAUGUUUAUGGGUUUGGAGUAGUGCUACUCGAGAUGCUCAUUGGAAAGAGAGCAAUGGAUAAGAGCAGGCCCAGCCGAGAACAUAAUCUGGUUGAAUGGGCUCGACCACUUUUGAAUCAUAAUAAGAAACUUCUGAGGAUUGUAGACCCUCGACUGGAAGGGCAGUAUUCACUUAAAACUGCAUUGAAGGUGGCACAUCUAGCAUACCAAUGCCUUAGCCAGAACCCGAAAGGGAGACCCCUUAUGAGCCAGGUUGUUGAAAUCCUGGAGAGUCUCCAAACACCAGAACACCAUGACCCUUUGCUUCAAUCCGGAGAUAGAGCUGCUGAGAGAGAUGUAAAUGGAAAAGCUGGUGAAGGGGGAGAAGUCAGGAGAAGGAGCAACCGGGGAAAUGAAAGGAGCCACAGUGAGCCUAUGAGUGAUCAUGGUCCUCAUAGCCCGUCUUCAAGUUUUCUGUCUCAAGAUAAGUAAUUUAUGCAAGAAGUUAAACCCUAAACCAGAAAAUGGAUGGAGGUUGAUUCUGUACAAGAUAUAUAUCAACCCGUCUCAUCCAUUAGGUGUUUUGAGUGAGACUUGCCCCUUCGGCAAAAUUUGAACCGAUUACCUUGUAAUUCGUUGACAUUUUAUGUUAUGGUAUUCUAUUAUACCAUAGAUUCAGAGAAAGCCUCUGAUGGUCUUUCCAUAUCACAGUGGCUAGACUUUGAUAUACCAGAGUAUGUUUAUUCAAUCCUUUAUAGUGAGAAAUUUUGUUCCGGUGUCA